UGAUUACAAACACAAAGCUGGAGUUUAGAUAGGCCAGAACAGGAUAGUCGUGGAUUUGCUGCACCAAAUCCCCCUAAUAUUCCAUGAUUAUUAUAUCAAAACAAAUAUAAUAGUGGAAAUAUUAUUCUUCGUCUAGUGUUAGAUUUGCUGGAGUAUUUCUAAUAGUAAAGAGAAUUGGCUGUUCUUGAUUGAUUGCGUCGUGAAUGGAUUGCAUACUAAAGAUCGAAUCUACUCGUUCUGUGUUCUCAACGUACGUAUUUUUGUUGCUGUUGGUCUUGAGAUUGUCUUCURUUCAGUCACAUUCUCUUAAUCAGAGUACAGGCCAUCUUGCAGAAUGCAACGAGUUCCUCAGCAGUUCUUUAGAGACUAUCUACUCACCAGACUAUCCUAAUGCCUCACCUCUCAAGAAAACAUGUUCUUGGCAGAUCAUCGCGAAUCAUGACAAACACAUAGCAAUACAGUUGAUGGAGAUGAAUGUAGGGGGAUCGGACUGGGACUGUAGGAUGGGAUAUCUCGAGAUAUAUGAUGGUUGUGGUGAAGAUCGCUUCCUGGUUGAUAAGAUAUGUACCUCCCGGUAUCAGAAUAACCAGAGAUAUCUAUGGGUGUCUACCGGACCUUGCGUCGUUAUUAAGUUCAAUUCUGCUCAUGGAAGUGAGAAUAAGUUCUACUUGAAGACACGACAAACAUCAUUUUCUUGUAACAAAGUGUUUCACGAUCAGCCAAAUGGAACAUUCUCCAACCCCGUCUCCUUGCCGUUAGAGCAGCAAGAGUGUACAUGGGUACUAGCUGUUCCUCGGAACAAGAUCGAGUUGAAGUUCAAAGGGGACUUCCAGAUCCAAAAAAACAGUGGUGAAUGUAAAGACGACUUCAUAACUGUACAGAACGGCAGAUUCAGUUCGUCUUCAGUCAUCGGGACGUAUUGUGGUCAUACCCGUCCGUAUCCCGUGUCUUCGAGAUACGGAGAUAUGAGAAUCACUCUAAGGUCCAAUGGAAGAACCGCUGGAAGCAAGAAUAUUUUUAAUGCUAUUUAUUCAAUGAAAAACACGCACGACAGCCCAACUAUCCAGCCUAAAGUAUGUGGAUCCCCGGCAAUUUUGGAGCAAUCACAUGCCUCAUUCGUGAGCCCAGGCUAUCCCGACCAGUAUCCCCCUCACAUGAACUGCGUGUGGCUUAUCAAAGUCAAGCCUAAGUUGAAGAUUUUAUUACGAUUCAAGGACUUCGACGUUGAAGGCAACAACGAAAACUGUGACGAUUACGUAGAGAUUUUCGAUGGUUUAGCGAGCUGGUCGCCUGUGAAAGGUCGGUACUGUGGUCGAGAUAUCCCACCUGUCAUCCGGUCGGAAAACAACAAACUGAGAUUGGUUUUUAAGAGCAAUUCUCACUACGCUGGUCGGGGUUUUGAUGCUGUGUACUCGGACUACGACCCUAGUGAAGUAGCCAAGAGCACGAGUAGCAGCACCAGUCAUUUUACGGGUAUCAUGAUCGGUACAACGUGUGGGAUCAUCUUCAUCGUAUUGAGUGUGCUCGCUGUGUUUCAUGCUCGGAAGCGAAGAAUGCGUCGUGCGUUGGAACAGCGAUCUGAGAUGGCUAGUACCAUGUCGUUUGAUGUCCAUCAAGCUAAUGCACCCCCAUCUUACGAAAAAGUGAUGGCAUCUCCCAAUCUCUACCCAACACUAAAGGGCGAAUCUGAUCUGACACGUGAUUACGAUGGCGUUCCCGGCCUGCACCACGAAGUGUGUCAUUUACUCGGAUCCAAUCCCGACUCGGACGACGAAGAACCACCCCCAGCCUACCACGGUCUGUUUGGAGACGAGGGUGACGUACAUGCAUAUGGACCAAUCGAUGGCCACUUCACUGUACAAUACCAUCGACAUUCGUCACAGGAUGACCAAGCGCAAGGAAUAAACCAUGAAACCGAAAAACCAGGAGAAUCAAAGCCGAGUCGAGUAUGGCAACGACGAGAUUUUGACCAAUCACGGAGCAGUAUUAAUCUACCGGGCAGUCACACCGGAACACUGGAACGACCGAAGGAGACUGGGACGAGGCCGACGUUAGAGAGACAAGACACGCGUAGUAGCUUUGUUACAGAUGUGUAGUAGACUGGGACCAAGUCACGUGAGACUAGUCCCUGAUGUAUAAAGAUAAGUAAACUUAUAAAUUUUAAUUCCUUUAAAUUUUGUUGGACAGUUAUAUUCAUUAUCGCUUAAGUUUAAUUUGAUAUGAUUUUUAUCAGUUUAAAAGAAAAUUCAUAAAGCGUGUGUUGUUUUGAAAGAUUCUUAUCAUAAACAACCGUGCACUGCAUCAUGGUACAAACUGUUUACUACCCAUGAUGCAACGCGUCUAUCAAGAGGAUAUCGUUGUAUAUACUAUUGUAAAAAGGUAUUAUAGAUGUAAACUUUGAAUAUGUAUAUAUUUGUAUGUAGUAAUGUUUUAUCGCGUGCAUAGACGCAAUAUUCGGACAGCUUCCAAAUAUGGAACAUAGCCAAAUAUGGACUAGAACCAAAUAUGGACUAGAACCAAAUAUGGAAUAGAACCAAAUAUGGAAUAGAACCAAAUAUGGAAUUGAUCUAAAUAACGACAGCAGCAGCAAUGUUCCACUUCCAAAUAUGGAAAUAAUAAAUUGACCAAAUAAUGAAUUGACCAAAUAUGAAAGAAUUGUAAUAAGACAGCUGCCAAUUAUGGAAUUCAAUUAAUAAUCACUAAUUAUUCUUUAAUGAAAAUAAUAGAAAAUAUCCCAUUAUAAUAAAUAAGACGAAAUAACUUUGAAAUCAUUGCAAUGUAGGAAUAAGUUUAGGUAAUUAUAUUCGGACGGACGGACGGUAGACAGACAGACAGACCGAACGACCGACCGAUUGACUGACAACUCCUUUAUAAAUUGAUUAAAGUGGCACGAUGUAUAAUGGAGAGAGAGAGUAUUUUUUUAAUGUUACAUUAACGUAUUUUACUUACUAAGAGUCUUAAGAGUUUUCAUAAAAAUUUCUUAAUGCGCAUGCGCCGUCAGCCACAAUGUGGUUGUGGCGGCCAUUUUGUUUUCUGAGCCUGCAGUCUUUUUAGUCUCUACCAAGAAUGAAAGCAACUUACAAAAAAUCGUCUAUUUGUGACUACGGCUCAAGUAUUUGGGAUGGUUUUCUACCAGUUGGAUUUAUCAAGAGUGCUUUGUUUCUUGGAAGAGGCCAAAAGAGCGGGCCUGGGGACGACGUCCAUUUUUUAGAAUCAACUCAUUUUUUACAGCAUUUUAGUAUUUAUAGGGCCGAGUGUAUUCCAGAUAUCAGGGUUGGGUUGCCUGUUGUUUUUCAACAUGGCUGCUACCGGACCUGUGUGAUCAAAAAUUUCCAAACGCGUGGUGUUCUGCAUUUCACACCACGUGUCAUUCCAUUGAGGAUUAUUUCUUUGGUUAAUGGUUGAGCAAGAGAAGACACAUGAAUAUGGAUGCCAUUUAAAUGAAGUAUUGAUAUUCUGAAGAGAAUGACACGUGGUCAAAGAUGUGAAAGCAUACACCCAUAAGUAAAGAGGUGAAUGUAGGUUUUUCAUUUGUUUAACAACAUGAAAACGUUAAUGUCAUCUCAUGAGUGUAGUAUAGACCAAGUUCAUAAUGUCGUUUAUAGGAGUUGAGUACUCACGUGAUAGCUAAGAGUGUCGAAAAUAUAUGUGUAUACAAUUUGAACGAAAAAUAAAAUAUACGACAUACAACAA